AAAGUUUUAUGUUUAAGACACACACAAAAAAAGAACAAUACCAGAACAACAAUACAGAACGACUUGUGAAAGGGGAUGCAACCAAACCGAAACCCAUGUAACUACUUUAUUAUUACUAUUUUUACCCAUAAUGACAUGAAGAUAUAUUUUAUAAAAUUUGAUUCAUUUCUAUUAUUCUAAUUCUACUAAUUACUCUCACUAAUCAUUUUAUCAAUAUUGAGCAUUGUAGCAAGAUAACCGUUUAUAUUGAUGUUUGUUUUAAUUGAAAGUGAAGGGUAAGGAUCAGUGGGAGAAACAGUUUGAAGAAAGCAGGAAGUUGAAAAAAUGACCCCUUCUCAAACAACAGGGUGCUAUCCUUGCUCAUGCUAGCUUAGUCAUACGCCCAUCAUACCCAUAAUAUCAUUAAACACGGGCCAAGAUCUCAAUUUUGAGUAAAUUUGAUAAUUUUUCUACUUUCAUCCAGGUAACGGAUCUGUGAUAUCGUCAACUUCAUCGAUAUACCCAUCCCCCUCUCCUUCGGAUUCAUCACCAUAUUCUUCGCAGUUCUCUAGUAGCGUCACGGCGGCAGAAUCGGUCCCAACCUGCUAUCGACAUAUGUGCCGCGAAAAAGAUGGUGGACCUGUCACCUGUCGUUGUGACAAACGGUGUUUCUCCUUCGGGGAUUGCUGCUACGGUAUCAGGGUCCCACCACCAUUUGUUCUAGAACGGUUAGAAUUCGACACGACCGUAUGGGACUGUGUUGAAGACACGUUCCUACCGCCGAUCUAUCAGGAACUCAACCACGGCUAUCGCAUGGUCACACGGUGCCCACAGAGCUGGGAGAAGGACGAUGUCCGCAGGAAAUGCGAAAAUGUUUCAAGCAACGAUACUGAACAUAUCCUGUACACUGACGGAGAUGACUACUAUAGGAACGUUCACUGCGUCGUAUGUAGUGGUAUUGACGAAUCUUCAGUAUCCCCUAUCUAUGGCUCGAAUCAAUGCUCGUGGCAAUCAAAGAACGAACUGAAAUGUUUACUAGAGGCCAACAGCACCUCCCCUUUCCCAGACGACAUGGACAACAGUCUCGACAAUGCUACAGUUGUAGAACUAUACCAAGAAAUUCCAAUACCGCGUUUCUGUCUGCUGGAUGUAGAGGAAACUUGUCCAAGUGACAACGGGGACCUGAACUUGCAAAAUAAUUGUCGAAUGUACUUUGUUCCGGUCUUGUUUGAUAAUUCUAUAUAUAAAAAUCCAUUUUGUGCUCUGUGUAACGACCAACGUGAGGACCUUCAUUCAUAUUGCAAAAUACCGGUGCCGAAAAAAGAGGGUGAGAGAGGUAUCGAUUAUUUCAAGGUAGGGAUUGGAGCUGCCUUUAGCGGUAUAGUGAAUAGGGAUCAAACGGCUGAAACUAAAGAUGAGCAGGUCUAUCGACACCCACUUUUAAUCAGUUCUAUCUGGCCCUUGUGCAAGUCAAAGCAGACAUAUUUAAUCUAUAAGAAUGGAAAGGUAGAAUGUUUCGGAAAUGAAUCGUGUUCUAUAAACUCAAACAUCCCCGAAGGUGAUGCAAGAGAAGUAGAUGAUUUUCUAUUUGAGAUCAAUCUUGCUGAUGCAUUGUCCUCUCAUUUAGACCUUGUGGAUAUCCCGCCAUUGGUAACCUUUCUGCAACGUCUCCGCAACCGAAGCCAUGAAAUGUAUAUACCUCAAGUACUUACAGUAAAGCAGUGGUGCCAUACUCUGAAGUAUAAUCAAGAGUCUCUAGGCAAAUCCAAUUGCUCAAAUGAAUUGUAUGAAGGGGAGCCAAAUGAAUUCUCGCCGUUCGUCCUGUCAAACGAUUCUUACAUAUUCUUUAACGGAUCGUUCGUGAAACCAAUCUGGUGGUUUAACCUGACUGCUCUCUGGCUUGAAGACAUUAAUUGGAUACCGUAUCAUAAGAUGUAUCUAUGCGGUACGGAACAAGAAGUUCAGUUCUGCCCUUCGAUAGCAGUGGCGACAGACUCAGUUGAUUGGGUAGAACGCUUUAAUAAAACCCUCCUGAAAUACAAGAACAAGAUCUAUUUCCAAGAGGAUUUCUUUUUGCACCCUGAUGGGCAGAUUCGCAUAUGUAUUGAUGACGAAAACCAACUUGAAGACUUUAUUUACACCGGACUGAAUAUUGUUGGAAAUGUAGCCUUCGCGGUGUCUUCAGCUUGCCUGUUUGCUACUUUGUUGACGUAUCUUAUUUUCUCGGAGCUGCAGAACAGGCAGGGUAUAGUGAUCAUCAAUUUCAUUGUGGCUCUGCUUCUGGGGCAAAUCUUUCUGCAGUAUGUGGGCUACCACUUCUCUGAUCGGUUCAUUCCAUGUCUAGCAUUUGCGUCUCUAUCGCAUUUCUUCUUCUUGGCGUCCUUUGUCUGGACAACAGUACUGGCCUGGGAUCUCAGAAGAAGCCUCUCGGCAUCGGUCAUCUUUAGGAGUGGACAGUCGCGUUUCCACACAACUGCGUAUACUUUGAUCGGUUGGGGAAUUCCUCUAGUGAUAACAUCGACAACUCUCCUGAUGCAGUUAGGUGGAUUCACGGACGAACCCAUCUUGGAAUACGGUGGCCCCGCCUGCUGGUUUGCUACAAGGUUGUCGAGUCUGGCAGUCUUCUUUGGGCCUAUCUGCGUUUGCCUCCUAACCAACUGCCUCCUUUUUAUUGGAACCAUGCGGAAUUUGCACUCUACGAAUAAAUCUACUGCAAUAGCGAGGAAGAACUCCGGUAGUGCCAGACAGAAGCAACUCACUUUGGAACUUAGAAUCUUUGUCAAGAUUUCGGCUCUUCUCGGAUUCGCUUGGCUGUUUGGCUUCUUGGCCAUGGUAGUAAACAUCCUUGUCACAUGGUAUCUCUUCAUCAUCGUUAGUGGCCUUCAAGGAUUCUUUAUAUUCAUCUCGUUCGGGGCGAAUAGACGAGCAAGAGGGCUCUGGGGAACCCUUCUCGGGAGAGCUUUCUCUGGGAACGCAACCACACGCACCGAAUCGGGGACGCAAUCACGAUAACAAUUGUCGUUGGACCGUUGGAAAUAAAACCGUAAACUUUGUAGUCAUGACAGGAUGGGCACUGAGCUACACAAGAAUUGGAGGGGUGGGAUUUUUUUCAAGAAUCAUAAUGUUCUUUGAUAUUACUGAAAUAAAAAAAAACAAAUUGAAUCUUUAAUGAUGAUACUAAUUUAUGCAUCAUUCAUGCGCUAAAAACAAAUACGUUCUGUAGGGCAACAAUACAGUGAUACCAAGAACAACGCCCGUGUAACGAUUUCUUAUUAUGUACUUUAUGAUUACAUAACAUAAUAACCAUCAUCAAGUUUUCAUAUGCAGAAAUUUAUUUGUAUAUUCUUUGUAAAUAGCGAUUCACCAUUAAUUGUCAGUAAUUGAUUAAAAAAAACUGUGUAUGAUCAGUGGAUCGUUUUUACACAGGAAGAUUGAUGGACUGUCCAUCAGCGGAAUGAAAAAGAUAAAACCAUGUCGGUGGUUGAGACGGAUUUAAGUUGAUUCG